AAAGACUGUCUUGUUGUACACUACGUAUGUGUAUACAGCAUACUUCAUUGAGCAGCCGCUAGACAAUACUCACUGAAAAUACAGAAGAACAAACAUUAUUUCUCCAUUGAAGCAGUUUCUGAGCUCUCUCACCUCCAUUGAAGCAACUUUUUCAGGUCAUAAUGGCCAGCAGCAAUGCCCCUCCUACUGUUGAGAAGCAAGAGAUUAUCUGAAUUUCAGAUUUUAACGGACGAUCAUAAACUUGCUUUGGAUAAAGAAAUGGCUGAAUUGGCCAACAGCAAUGUCCCUUCUACUGUUGAGGAGCAAGAGGUCAAGAUGGACGACCCUAAACUUGCCUUGCAUAAGCAAAAGAUCAUUGGCACAGCAAUAGGUGAGAUGGAACAUCGAGUAGAACUGUUCAACAAGCUUACCCAUAAUUGCUUCAAUAAAUGUGUUGAGAAAAGGUACAAGGAAGGCGAUCUCAAUCUUGGUGAAAAUAGUUGCAUUGAUCGUUGUGUUUCCAAGUAUUGGCAGGUGAAUAAUAUGAUUGGUCAUAUUCUUGCAUAUGGUCGGCGUGGCGUGUAAAUUUUAGGCACUUGUUAGUUGCAGUUGCUGUUCAAUUUUGAAAAUUGCUUGGAUACAUCACUGACCACCUGGGGGGACAAGGACUUGAAACUUUUGGAUAUCUGUUCUUGUUUUCCCUUCUCCAGAUUUUUCUGCCACAAAUGGAAAAUAAUAGUCGAGAACGAUUUGGAUCCAUUUCCUCAUCACUGUCACAGAUUUGUAGAAGAUAGUAUACACCCUGAUACAUUCAUUGUUGAUUUCUUGCAGUUGCUAUAUUACAGGAUAUAGCGAGCUUUACUCAGACUAGCAUGACUUGAAACCACAUUUUGUAUUCAUCAAAAUUUUUGAUAAUUACAUUUUUCAUUGAGAGAUGAUGCCAGAGUCAAUACUGAAGCAUCAGAAGAAACAACUUAAAUGAAUAGUUUGCUCUUUUUAAUGCGCGUCUAUCAUUUUGUAUUACUUUACUUUGGUUGAUUCUCAUUGAUAUCGAUUUUAAUCUGUUUUUGUA